UUCCAACAACCCACCAUUUAUUACUCCCGCAAUAAUUGAUCCAAAUCAAAAACAACAACCACGCGAACAACAAAAUACUGCAAAAAACAUAUCGCAACGAAAAUGGCAAUUGGAUUAUUUACCAAGGACUCCACUGCUACAACUCACUACAAUGGAAAACUAACUUCUUUUGUGAUCAUCUCCUGCCUAAUGGCUGCCGUCGGCGGCGUCAUUUUCGGAUACGAUCUUGGCAUUUCAGGGGGCGUGACAUCUAUGGAACCAUUCUUGAAUAAGUUUUUCCCGGAGGUUUAUAAGAAGAUGAAACAGUCUGAAGUGAGCAACUACUGCAAGUUUGACAGUCAGUCGCUGACGUGGUUUACUUCGUCGCUGUAUUUGGCUGGACUUGUUGCUUCAAUUUUUGCAUCGCCGCUGACGAGGAAUUUUGGGAGGAAGGCGUCUAUGGUGGUCGGAGGGGUGGCGUUUGUGGCAGGGGGAGUAAUAGGAGGGGCUGCGGUUAAUGUGUAUAUGCUUAUUUUGGGUCGGCUUUUGCUUGGUGCUGGUCUUGGAUUUGCUAAUCAGGCAAUUCCAUUGUACCUGGCAGAAAUGGCUCCCCCUCAAUACAGAGGCACGAUCAACAACGGCUUCACAACCUGCAUCAGCAUCGGAUACAUCUCAGCCACCCUCGUCAACUUCGGUACUGAGAAAAUCCACAGCAACCUCAGCUGGAGAAUCUCACUGUCCUUAGCCUCAGUUCCUGCAGCAUUACUAACAAUCUCAGCCAUUUUCCUCCCCGAUACCCCCAACAGUCUAAUCCAACGAGGCUCAAACCUCCCAAAAGCAACCACAGUACUUCAAAAGAUCAGAGGAACUACAGACGUCGAUAAAGAGUUACAAGACCUUGUAACAGCUAGCAACAUAUCGAAAACCAUCAAACACCCACUUCGUCAUAUUACUCAAAGAAAAUAUCGCCCUCACUUGGUAAUGUCUAUACUCAUCCCGUUCUUUCAGCAGGUAACGGGUAUCAAUGUGGUAACAUUUUAUGCUCCAGUGUUGUUCCUAAGUAUCGGUCUUAAAGAACGUGCUUCUUUAAUGUCAGCAGUUAUGACGGGCGUUAUAGGACUUGGUUCUAAUUUCGUAUCUAUGGCAGUGAUCGAUAAAUUUGGAAGGAGGACCCUGUUCAUGAUAGGAGGAGUUCAAAUGUUUCUCUCUCAAAUGACAAUAGGAGCAAUAUUGGAAGCAGAACUCAAAGAUCAGGGUGAAGUUAGAAAAGCUUAUGCAUAUAUAGUCUUGGUAUUGAUUGGUGUUUAUGCUGCAGGAUUCGGGUGGUCCUGGGGACCUUUAGGCUGGUUAGUACCAAGUGAGAUCUUUCCUUUAGAGAUACGAUCAGCAGGGCAGAGUAUUAACCUGAUUGUGAGCUUUGGAUUCAUCUUCAUCAUCGGUCAGAGCUUUCUUGCGAUGCUCUGUAGAUUCAAGUAUGGGAUCUUCUACUUUUUCGGUGGGUGGGUUUUUGUGAUGACUAUGUUUGUUUACUUAUUCUUGCCGGAGACUGCGAACAUGCCUAUUGAACAGAUGGUAAAGAUUUGGGGAAAGCAUUGGUUCUGGAAGAGGUUUGUUGAGGAUGGAGACAUUGGAGACAAAAGCAAAGGGGAUGUGUUGAAUGCAGCAAAUUCUUGAUGGCAAGGACUUCAAAGUGUUUUUGAUGAGAAAUUUGCUUCUUUGUAUGAAUGAUUGUUUACUGGAGCAUUUGGAAAUGGCAAGGGAGGAAAUGUAACUUGAGAAGAAGAAUACAUCCAAUAUAGGGAAUGCUGAGCCUAAAGUAAGAUCAGCCCUUCAACAUUUAACUGACAGUUCUCUCAAACCUUUAACAUAUUGUAUUAACCUAUUAAGCCCUUACAGUUCUCCGAAAAAUGUUUUUGGCCAUGUUUAGGCUGGAGAAUCACCAUAGGAACUCAACAGAAAAGAAAUAAUAGUAAGGAGUUAACGGGUUAAAAUAUUAGAUUAAAGACUUCUUAGAAAAUAUCAGGUUAAUUUUAGGGGCUGAUUUGACUCUGAGUUCAUGGAAUACCUAUAACAUCAAUGCAUAUAAUAAUGUACAGUAAUGAGCUGAGGAAGCUUCAGUGCAAGGAAUUACGUAACUUAGCAAUCAAAGACUGUAAACAAAAAGGAUUUGCACCAAGUACACUAUCAUGACUUCAACAUGAGACGCUAAAAAGUAAGAUGUAUAAAUUAAAAGAAAACAUCAUCUCCUUUAGACAUAAUAAUAUGACAUAUGUGGGAUGACUAGCAACUAUGACGGUUUAUUCUUAGCUGACUCAAAAACAAAAUUAAAAAGUUGAUAACUUCACCUGGAUAUAGGCAUCUACAAAGUUGAGCAUCAGGGGU